AGCGCUCUAUUACUCUCCCUCUUCCUACCCCUUUUCACUCGAUAAUAUCGCGUGCACGUCCGCCGAAUAAGUGUCGACGUGAUCGCCGCUGGGCCUGUGAUGCAGCUGAUCAGCAUGCGGCACCACGUGAAAUUGGCUCUGUGCCUCCUACUGGUCCUGGUCUACGUGAACGGAAAGGCAGAGUCGGCGAGUCGCCACGCCAUCGCCAAGAGAAACUACAGCGACCAGAGUGUCAGGGGCUACUUGGCCGAGAGAACCUGCUGGUGGAACGAGGUGUGCAAGGAGGAGUUCCACAGCAAGUUCCGCUGCCGCUGUCCGCGUUACUCCUACUGCCGGGCGCCCGGACGCUACUACGACGCUCACUGCAGUAUGACGAGGACCGGAUACAUCUGGACCCAACCCGCGACAUCCCUUGCCUUGGAUCCCGUUGACAAAUAAACCGCAUUCUACAUCAGCGAGUCUAUGAUAAUAUAUAAUGUUAGAUGCAUCACACGCCAUCGGGGCCGUCCAACCUUUGGAGCUGACUGAUGUUGCUAUCCGAGUCGCUGCAUUGCUUAUGGGGAGGAAAUUAAUUUAAUGCGCGUAAAAGCGCUGAUGUCUUACCACCCCGCGACUUGUUCUACUUGUUCUCGGUACACCUCUAUAUUAUAAUAUUAUACGCGGCUCGGACUGCGACAUAUCUCAGCUCUGGUCCAAGUGGACGCAUGUCGCGACAUGUUCAUGUAUAAAAACAAAGCAGUUGACAUUCUUGUUGAAUUUACGUAUAAUUAUAUAUCGUAUAAGUACUCAAUGCUAUGCAUCUAUAUACUGCGCUCAUUCGAGUUCGAUCAUAGGAAUCGUUACGCCUUUGAGAAUUUGUGAUUUACUUUUAAAGUAUUUUAUUAUACUGUUACGAAUAUAAGCUAUAGAUUAGUCGAAAGUUGGUCGAUUUUGCAGUCUUGCAAGACACUUAUCAGAUUAUAUUAGAUCGUAUUGGAUAUGGUAACUACGCCAAACUCUUUCAAUCAUCAGGACGGUUAGGAUUGCUCCGCGCGAUAUUAGGUAUGUUAUAUUCUAUAGUUGUGAUGCGCAUCUUCUUUUCCCGGCUGUGACCGGGUCAUCAUAAGCUGCCAUUCUAACAUCGGCACACAAUUCGAGGGGAAACAAAUUUGUUCAAUCUUUUAUAAUCUAAUGUUUUUCUUCGCACAAACACGAACUUUUUGCUCUAAUAUGCAAUUACAGUGUCGAAACUAUAUAACGUUAUAGGGGAAUAAGUUAUUCGGGAAAACGACAAUAUAUACAACGAUAUAGUACGUUGGUUGUUUGUUUUUGUAACGUUGUUGAAAACCAAGUUCAGAGAGCCUUUUUUACGAUUAUUCGGGAUGUGCAUGACAUUAUUCCGAAAAGGACGGGCAGUUUCAUUAAAAGGCGUGAUCACCAGGUGCUUACUUUUUUUAAUGCACAUUUACACGAUAUUUAGAUCGUAAAAACGAUUGUUACAUGUUAUGUUGGACAGUGGAAAACAGUCGUUAGAAAAUUUAAUUGAAAUUAUUUUACGUAUAGGUGUAUACAAUGAGAAGGAGAAAGUUGACGAAAAAUUAGGACCAUCGAUAACGCGAUAAGUUCGAUUCUGCAUAAAAUAAGGACUUUUUGGGAAAAAUUAAAUCAAACUUGUUAGAAAUUUAACAACAAAAAAACUAAUGAAAUCUGUUGAGCUCUUCAAAGACUUAAUAAUUAUAUAUAUAUAUAUAUAUAUAUAUAUAUAUAAUAGCGAACACGACGAUGUAUACUUUUUAAAAUAUAUUGUUAAACUUUAAUUAGCAAUUUCGACUUAAACAUUAUAUUAGUAAAAUUUAAUGACAAUAUAA